UUUCUGCCCCAAAAAAAUGAACCGUUCCUCUGUUGCCUGCAAAUAACGCGAAAAAAUCUCUCUGAAAAAAAAAAAAGAACCGAACCAGUCGUGGGAAGGAUCCGAAAGAACAUGAACCAGAGAAAUUUGAAGAAGAAACCCUAAUCUUAGCCUCGCUUUUUUUUUUUUUUUUUUUUUAAUUCGUCUUAUUCUUCUUCUAUCGUUCUUAAUCUGAAAGGCGCCAAGAUUGGUACGGGGGAGCUAGGCUAGGGUUAGGUUUUAGGCUCGCGAAAUUAGGGUUAGGGUUUUGCUUAAUUGGCUGUUUCUUUCUUCCGUUGUUUUGGAUAAGGGUGAAAUUGAAGGCGGAAUUGUUUUUUGGAGGAUUUGGGGAUUUAGGGCUAGGGUUCCCUUUUCAUGGGCCGCGCGGGAGUUUUUGGUGGUGGUUUGUGUCGGUUAUGAACGUUGACCAAUGCCAGUGGCCGAAGAAGAUGAUGGGUAGGGGAGUGGACGGAGGUUGUGGUGCUGAAGAGAGGCCUUGUCGCCCAUUUCGUAGUGCUGCGUUAGAUAGUGAUAAUGGGAACAAGGGGUUUGAGGAUAUGGGUUCGUUGGAUAUCGGUUUCUUAGCUCAGGCUAGCAAGAACCUUUCUGAGAGGUCACCCUUUGAUAUUCCUGAAGAUGGUUCCACUUCAGGGUUAAGUGUGCCUACUCUACCCGUUGGGCUAGCUAAUUUGCUCAACCGUACUGAUAACAAGAAAAGGCACAAGAAGUCUCAUUCUGGGACGGAAAAGAAGAAGAAAACGUCUUCUAGGCAAGGGGAUAAGUUGAGAACUGGGAGUAUCUGGCUUGAACAUGAGGACUACUUUAGGCGCUUAGAAUUGCCUGAUUUAGAAACUUUGUCAGAUUUAGCAUCUCUACGAUCUUUGUCUUCUAGGAAUUGCUUUUCAGUUCCAUCGGUGGAAUACAAAUCUAUUAAUAUCCAACAGAGGGAAACCGAUGCCAGUGCAAAGAGUGAGGAUGUUGUUCUGGAAGAAACUAAGGACCUUCUCAGAAAAGAGAUAUCUGAAGGCACAGUAAAAAACGAAGACAUAAACAAAGAUGUUGAGCAGCCAAUGGGUGUUGACAAUGUGGGGAAUGAAAUCUCCUCUGGGUCAGACUAUUCUGGUAGUUUAGAAUGGGUUUUAGGUAUUAGAAAUAGGAUUUUGUUGACAUCAGAAAGGCCCUCCAAAAAGCGGAAGCUUCUUGGUGGUGAUGCAGGCUUGGGGAAAUUAAUGGUGGCUGCUCCUUGUGAAGGGAAUGCAUUGUUAUGUGAUUUUUGCUGCACUGCUGAUUCCAAGGAAUAUCAUCACCAGUUGAUUGUUUGCACUUCCUGCAAAGCUACAGCUCAUAAAAGAUGUUAUGGCCUGCUUGAAGAUUCAGAUAAAUCAUGGUUGUGCUCUUGGUGUGAGCUAGAGAAUGGUCGUGGUGAUUCGAAAAGACCAUGCUUGCUUUGUCCAAAAAAAGGUGGCAUCCUGAAACCUGUUCUCUCAAAAACUGAGAAUGGUGGGCCGGCGGAGUUUGCUCAUCUGUUUUGCUCUCUGUGGAUGCCUGAGGUGUAUAUAGAAGACUUGAAAAAAAUGGAGCCCAUCUUGAAUUUGCCUGGAAUAAAAGAAACUCGGAGGAAGUUAUUGUGUAACUUGUGCAAGGUGAAAUCUGGUGCUUGCAUUCGCUGUUGUAAUGGAUUAUGCAGAACUUCUUUCCAUCCUAUAUGUGCAAGAGAGGCAGGGAAUAGACUAGAGGUCUGGGGAAAACAUGGGUGUGAUACUGUCGAACUGCGAGCUUUCUGCUCAAAGCAUUCCGAUAGUCAAGAAAGUGGAAAGUUUGUGGAGAGAGGAGAAAGGAAUGCCGCCGUUGGUAGUCGUUCUCCUAUAUGUCAUCUUCCGUCGGAAUCUGUUAGAGAAGGUCACCUUAGCAAUGAUGAGAAUGGAGUUGAUGUAGGAACACCGGGUACAGGUUCUGACAUUUCAAGAAACAGCGAAUUGCGAGAACUAGAAUCACCGCAUUCAAAAUUUAAUUGCUCUGCAACAGACCACGUUGAAUCAGGAAUGACGGGGAGAAGCAACGAGGAUGAAAGAACUCUGUCCAAUUCGCUUAGUUUUGGAUUGAUUCUGAAAAAGUUGAUCGACCUGGGGAAAGUGGAUGUGAAGGUUGUGGCUGCAGAUAUUGGGGUCAAUCCUGAUGCUUUGAGUGUCAAACUUACGGAUGGAGACUUGUUACCUGAUUUACUAGGCAAAGUAGUUAAAUGGCUUAGCCAGCAUGCACACAUGGGUUCUGGAAAUAAAGGCGAAAAUUUUAAAUGUAAGAACACUACUAAAUCUGAGCGUCGGGCUAUCUGUACUGAAGACAUAGUGAUGCUAGAUUCUGACAUCUUAGAUCCUGCUGUCACUAAAGCUUUUUCUAUAGAGCGAACAAUUGAAAGCAACAUUUGUAAUCAUAUGGAGGAUAAUACAAUAUGUACGCUAACUGAAAACUGUAAUGGUAAUGGAAUUGUGGUUGAUGAAGCUAAAGCCAAUGGAUCGGUUUUGACGAAAGAAGGAAGUGUGAGUUUGGCACCUGAUCAUUCUCCGGAAGAACAGAAAUCAAUAGUGGUUGAUCAGGAAGUUCAUCAUGAGAAAUUUUCAGAUCUUCCUUCUGAUGAUCAUUGUGAACAAUCAAACUCCAAUUCUUCUGGUGUCAUGCUGGACAAUACCUUUUCCUUGGGGCCAACUAGUUCUCAAAAUUGUGGAAAUUUGAACUGUCCGACCCCCAUUAUCUUGGAUCUCAUCAGUGAUCCUGGUUUCAGUCCUCAUCCUUAUAUCUACAAAGAAUUGUCAGAACUGGGCAAGGGACAGACCCUGAAAAGCAGCACGGAUUCUGAUGUGGCUAAAAUGUCAACGAAACCUGAUGGCUCUGAAGAAGGAAACAUACAUCUGCAGGGCGCCGGUGAUCAUACUAUCUUUCAUAAUCACCAAAAUCAGAGUGCACACUGUGGAGACACAUUUCGUCAGUUAUCUAAAGCUAGGAAAUUGGGCAUACUGGAUCUGUCUCCUGAAGAUGAAGUGGAAGGGGAACUUCUAUAUUAUCAGCUUCAGUUACUUGGCACCGCAGUUUCAAGAAAGCAACUUUCUGACAAUUUAGUAUAUGAAGUUGCCAAAAAACUGCCUCUGGAGAUUGAUGAACAACAUGGACGAAGAUGGGAUGAUGUUCUGGUCAACAAAUAUUUCCAUGAUGUCAGGGAAGCAAGAAAGCAAGGUAGGAAAGAGAAAAGACACAAACAAGCCCAGGCUGUUCUAGCUGCUGCUACCGCAGCAGCGGCGACAUCUUCUAGGAAUACAUCGCUUAGGAAAGAUUUGUCAGAAGAACAUGCACAACAAGAGAUAAGUAAUUCUAGACGUAAAGUUGUUGGUAGCUCUCAUCUAGUGCCUCAGACGAAGGAAACACUUUUAAAGAUGGCUGUCUCUGGGCCACCAUCUGAGAAGCGGUCUGAUCAUCGUGCACCAGACUUUUCAGUAGAAAAUCCACGAACUUGUGACAUCUGCAGACGCUCCGAAACUAUAUGGAAUCUGAUUGUCGUGUGCUCUAGUUGCAAGGUUGCUGUUCAUAUGGAUUGCUACAAAUGUGCUAAAGAAUCCACUGGUCCCUGGUACUGUGAGCUAUGUGCGGAGUCAUCUUCGGAACCUUCUUUCAAUGUUCGAGAAAAACCAGAUUCUUCUACAGAGUGUACUCUAUGUGGUGGCUUAACUGGGGCUUUUAGAAAAACCACAAAUGAGGAAUGGGUACAUGCUUUUUGUGCUGAGUGGUCCUUGGAAUCAACCUUCAGAAGGGGACAAAUAAAUCCUGUGCAAGGAAUGGAGGCUCUGGCCAAGAACAAGGACAAUUGUUGUGUAUGCCAACGGAUAUUUGGUGCAUGCAUUAAGUGUAGUUAUGGCAACUGCCAGACGACAUUCCACCCCUCCUGUGCCAGAAGCGUAGGGUUUCAUAUGACUGGUGGUGGGAAACUUCCGCAUAAGGCUUACUGUGAGAAGCACAGUUUGGAGCAGAAGGCAAAGGCCGAUUCUCAGAAACAUGGGGCAGAGGAACUGAAAAGUCUCAAGCAUUAUAGGGUUGAACUUGAGAGGUUACGCCUUCUGUGUGAGCGGAUAGUCAAGAGGGAGAAAUUAAAGCGAGAGUUGGCUAUUUCCUCACAUGAAAUACUUGCUGCCAAAAGGGAUCACGCUGCACGUUCAUUACAUGUCCGUAAUCCAUUUUCUCCUCCAGAAGUUUCGUCAGACUCAGCCACAACAUCAGUAAAAGGUCAUCCUGAUAGUAAUAUAUCUGGCAGUGAAGCAAUACAGAGGUCGGAUGAUAUCACCAUUGACAGCACAGUCUCUGUUAAGCGACGUGGCAAAGGUCCCAUGUUAAUGGACACUGAUCAGAAAACUGAUGACAGUGCUACUUCCAAGAGUCGGUUUUCUCGUAAGCCAACCGAAAGACAGAUUUUUUCUGGGAAAACCGUUCCCCGAAAACAUUGUAUAGUCUCACCUAGUGUUUCAGAGGAUGGAGAUAAAGGGUCAAAGCCUAAGAAGCAGCAUGUAGAAACAUUUGCAAAAGAGCUCGUGAUGACAUCAGAUGAAGCUUCUUUCAAGAACCGGCGGCUCCCAAAGGGAUAUUUCUAUGUUCCUGUUGAUUGCCUUCAGGAAGACCAGAAGGCAGCUUCAUCUGACAAGCCAGUGAACCAGAAGACAUCUUCAGGUGAUCAGUCAGGUAAAGACGGGUAAAGCUAAGAGUAGACAAUUAUGGGCUCAUUGCUCUUACCCUAGUUAGAUAGUGGCCAUUGGUGGACAUCACCUUCUGCGCCCCAACCAGGAUUCACCAACUGGCUUAAAGCAAAAAGAACCGAUGAUAUCGCUACAAGAAAAGCUGUGGCUGCAACUGAGACUCAGCUGAAGAGGCUAUUGUGAAGCUUUUGGGUACUGAUACAAACUGUGCCUAUGGUAAUUUUUGAGAUUUGAGGGUAACAUCUCUAUAGAAAAAAGGCUUCAGAUUGGAUUCAGGGAAGUGAGAAAAAAGCUCCCUGUUACCAUAUAUAUAAAGAAGGAUCGGUCACGUGUAAUUCUGUUUGUAUAAAUGAGCUGGAAAAAAGAGGGUUGCAUAAGUGUAAAUACUCAUCAAUUGUGUCUAAAAUCUGACCAAGGGAAUAAUAGUUGUCUGAAAAUUCUUUAGUUA